CACCCAAGUUGACUUAAACAAUAUUUUAAAUAACAAAAUUGGCUCGUAAUUUCGAACCGCGAGAGAUUUUUUUGGACACUCGACGAUGCAACAACAAAACGUACAUUAACUGCAAGGUUUUACAGAGAAAUAUUUGUUCAACGGGGAGAUGUGAAAUAUUUGUCGCUUGCAACGCGUGCGCGAGUUCUGCAAAAACAAUCCGGAAAAUCUAGCAAGACUAGUUAUCUAGCCAGGUUUAUCAGUUCAGUUUGCACAUAUCUUCCCCCGUCCGUGGAAUGGAACAGCUCAUGCCGAGGGGUAAGACGCGGGCAAUGCGUCGCAGGAGGUGGUAACCGUAGUGGGAGAGACCGACAUUGCUGGCAGGGUUAGCAGCCCUGAUAGAUAUAGGCCUCUCGACAGUUUGGUUUGGUUUACAUUGUGUACUCCCGGUGCAUUGCGUGAGUUCGCGGCUCAGAGUAAACGUCGCUCAAGGUUGUAUUGUGUCAAUAAAAGUCGUUCGGAGCGAGCAGAUAAACGUCGGACUUUUUUUGCACGAUCCCGCGGCCAGACGAAACGGAUCCGGGCGCGCGGUUCGUUGCACGCCUGUGUGAAUUUUUACGAAGAACGACGUCAGGUAGACUCGUCAGUGUAAAACAAUAACAAAAAAAAAAAAAAAACAAAACGAAAAUUUCGGGACAGACGCUUCUGAUUGCAAACAGUCGUACACGUGGCGAUGAUUACUGAGCGAAUUGCUCGUGACUCGCUCGAUGAACGAUAACGAAUGCCGACUCGGAUGUUCAUCGACUCUUCGUUGUGAAUGAGUAACGAAAACAUCAAGAUCAAGUCACUCGCACGCUUGUUUAUCUCCGACUGGCGAAGUUUGUUUACAGUCUCGUGUAAUCUGUGCCAGAUUACAUUACGUGCUUUCCUCUCGCACCGAGAGACGUUGAAGUUGAAUAGCGCGAGAGGAAAGGAGAUCAGGGUGCGAACGCGCGAGAUCGCUUUGACUGUACUUUAACGGUCUCAUGCAAGGCGAGCGAGUUUCGCACGCGGAAGUAAAUCGACUGCGAAUUUCUCGAUCACCGUGUUUUUUAAUACGCGACCGAUUCUCCAAAUGGUAGAGACGAAGCAUCGUCGCACCAUGGAGGACGUUCAAGGCAGUGGCAGCGCAGUUCUCGAGGAGAUCUUCUACGUGACGUCCAAAAAGAACACGUAUUACAAGGUGAGACUGACCGAGAAGGGUCUGAGUUUGCACAAGGAACACAACGGCACGUCCAAAACUGAGACAAUCGCCUUGGCCGACAUCAUUGGAUGCCGAUGCAUGCGGUCCAGACGGCGAAACGCCGGGAGCUGUGCAUGCGGUCCGGGCGCGUCCAAGUCGCAGCUGAAACUCGUGGAACUGGCCGAGGUCUAUCAGCAUCACGACGAACUCGACACCUCGGCGUAUCUGUACAUAUACGCGUACACCUUGAAGAAGACGCGGGUGAAGGGCGCGUUCAGGCGUGAGCGCACAACUAUCACUCUGCGUUUUCGCAGCUUUGACAGACACGAGGAUAAUCUGCGGGAGGCGAGCAGGUGGCGAUUGGCGAUCAAGUGCCUGGUCGCCAACGUGCCGGUACCGAGGAAUCUGAUGAGUCCCAGUCACGGUAAUCUGGAGGCAUUGAUCGGGGAAUGUCCGGGAGAAAAUCGGAAACUUCUCGUUCUGCUGAAUCCGAAAUCCGGACCCGGAAGGGGCAGAGAGACCUUCCAGAAGAGGAUCCAUCCGAUCCUGUCGGAGGCGGAGAGGUCCUACGAGAUUCACAUCACCAAGUAUCCCAAUUACGCUUGCGAAUUCGUGCGCACGAAGGACAUCUAUCAGUAUUGCGGCCUGCUGAUGGUCGGCGGCGACGGGAUCGUCUUCGAGGUGGUGAACGGACUCCUCCAGAGACCCGACUGGGAAAGGGCUCUGCGCGAGUUGCCGCUUGGCGUGAUACCGUGCGGCUCCGGCAACGGCCUGGCCAAGUCCAUCGCUUAUGCCAAAGAAGAGCCGUACGACCGCAAUCCGUUGCUCAUCAGCGCGCUGUCGGCUGUUAAAUGCAAGAGAACGCCGAUGGAUCUCGUGCGUGUGGAGACUAGAAAUCGGAUACUCUUCUCGUUUCUGUCGGUGGGCUGGGGUCUGCUGGCCGACAUUGACAUCGAAAGCGAACGGUUGCGCGCAAUUGGAGGCCAGAGAUUCACCGUGUGGAGCGUAGCGCGCUUAAUAGGUCUGAGGACGUACAAGGGGAAAGUGUCGUAUUUGCCCUGCAACAAGGUUUCCUCGUCUGAAAAUACUGGAAACGGCAAGAUUUAUUGCAAGGAGUACGACACGGAGAACAUAUUGUCGCACUCGAGAAGUUACGAGAACGAACUCGACAGGUAUUGUGCCGCACCUGAGUCUAAGAGCUUUCAUGACUCUUUCGGUGAGUCAUCCGAGUUAAAUGACGAUAGCGACGUGGUAACUGAAAACCUGUCGCUCGAAACCGAUGUCGUGAAGAGGCACAGACUCGACAGCUUUUACUCCGCAAGAUCGGCGAAAUCCACUUACUUCAGCACAGCCUCGAUCUCGAGUUAUCACAGUGUCGAUGAUAAUGAUAGCGCCGAGAUUGGUGCAAACAAUGCCGGUAACAGCCAAGUCAUGUACGGGCCAUCGUCCACACUUCCUGCGCUAACUACGCAACUCUCAAAUUGCUGGACGACGGUACAAGGUGAAUUCGUAAUGGUACAUGCAGCCUAUCAGACGCACUUGGGACAAGAUUAUUUCUUUGCGCCACGUGCCAGCUUAGCGGAUGGAGUUAUUUGGCUGUUAAUAGUUAAAGCCGGUAUUACACGAGCUAACUUAGUACAAUUUUUACUAGGUCUGAGUACUGGGACACACUUGGCCUGCGCCGGCGUCGAUAUGAUACCAGUAAAAGCGUUUCGGAUAGAACCUAUGGAGGGAACAAACGGGCACAUAUCCGUGGACGGCGAGGAGGUCGACUAUGGGCCGCUGCAAGCCGAGAUAUUCCCUUCUCUAGCAAGCGUGAUGACACCCUGACGAUAAUUACGUACGUUUAAUGGUCGGUUGUUUCUUUUUUUAACGGCGACAGAAUCAAAUAAUCUCCCGGGAGAUUCUCAUUGUAGAUUAAGGUAGCAAAGUAGUUACAAUGGUAACACCAAAAAAUUGUUAAUAUAUAUAUAUAUAUAUAUAUUAAUAACAAAAGUCUAUCAAGAUAUUUUUUAGAUUGUAAAUGUUGAAUUGACAAUCUAAUGUAGGCUGUUUCUCAAGCUCAAGUCAACGAAUAAUCUUUACGCUCAUAGAGAAAUUUUUUUUUGCAUUCUUCAUAGUGAAGAUAUCGCAAUGUAUACACACACAAGAUAUGUAUAUAUAAAUUAUUUAUCAACCUAGGGUUGAAUGAGUUAAGUCUUCGUUGUAUCCUUGUAGAUACAAUUAGCUGUUUUGUAAAGUUUUCUAUAUCAGUUUUUUGUACAGUGUAUUUAUACAUGGCAACAUAUCGAUAUUGUUUGUGCUCACUGUUGAUAUUACGCGAUAUUGUAUAUUUCUCACUUAAUUUGUGCAAAUUUGCAAUCUCUCAGAUUCUUUGCGGAAUUAUUGAACGCUAAGAAAGUUAAACAAAACUUGUUACCAACUUAGAAAAAAAAUUAUUAAAUUAUAUUGUUAUAAUAAAAAUUGACAAUUUUAAAGUAUCAAAUCUAAAGAUAUAAAUGAAAUACAAAGGAAGAGAGAUUUAGCAAGAGCCGACGCUGAUAAACGAUAUUGGGGGCAUCGCUUCGAUUGCUUUAUCACUAUUUUUGUGAAAAACAAAAAGGAAAUAAAACAAAAUUAGUACAAAUUGUCUUCAACGUCAGCUCUUAUCGGUUUUUGAUUUGUUUGAUAUGAAUCAUGACCUUUUCCGUCGAUGCGAUACAAUUGUUGCGUAAUAAUCUACAUUGUUUACGAUUCGAAGCUUGCACAAAGAAAAUGAUAUUCUAAUGAGUAACAAUCCAAGGGACAAUAUCGAGUCGACAUGUCGAUGAUUGCGUAACGCGUGGCGUUAACAUAAGGCAUAACGAAAGUAUCGUUUUGAAAGAGUUGUAGAUAUGCGGUACAAUUAUUUUCUUUUCUUAUGUGCGUGAAGUAACGCACACGUACAUGAUCAAAAUAAAUGUAAAAAAACUGCGAAAAUCAGUACGAUUGUACGAGACUUGUAUAUCAUAUCAUGUUACAAAAAUUUGAUAGUUCGUCAGUUUAUAAUUAUUAUUAUUGUAUUUCCUAUCCGAUUAAAAAUUUGUUCUUAUCUCCUAUGCGCGCAAUUAUUA